AUGUCAUCAACAAUUCCCAGUGAAGACAAGAAACCUUUAUUGGAUUCUGAAAUGGAACCCGACGUUUCUAUUGAUAAUAACGAAGUAUUACCACCUUAUUCGGACAAUGAAAAACAUCAGUUAUUGCCUGAUAACGAAAAAUGUGACUUGGAGGCAAUUCCAACAAGUUAUCGAGUAACUCGCCAUUCCAAUAAAUUCAAAAGAUUUUGUCAAAUUUUAUCAUUAUUUGGCGUCCUUUAUUUGGUAAACUUUUUAUACAUCAAUCGUAAUGACUUUUCUCAUGGAAUGUCAUCUUAUUUCAAAUUUAACUGCAGCUCCUUAGCUUCGCAGCAACCCCUUCAAGAAGCUAAACUUGACCAUCAUCCAAUUUUCAGAAAUUUGAUUGAUGUGGUUGAUACUACAUACUCUGGUCAACAAGAAGGCAAUGACACUGCUAAAGAAAUCAUUUCUGUCACCAAUCCAUAUACACCUAAUCCUCGCUAUGGAGAAUCAUUGUACACCACGACUUUGAUUAAGAACCAUAAGUUUGCUAACAGUUGGAACCAACCGGCAAUUGUCAAUUUUACUGCUCCAUCAAACAUAUCCUUUGAUGCAGUGGUUUUAACUUUACACACUGAAGUAGACGGUGUACAAUUUGAUAGAUUGGCUAAUUUGUUUGUUGAUGGUAUUCAAGUUUGGAGAACUUCAACUAUUGAACCUGGUGGUCGUAAAGUAUUUAGUGAUUUCAAGAAGGAUGUCAGCAAGUAUUCCAAUCUUUUCAAAAAAGAAAACGUACAAAUCUUAUUCCAAUUGGACAACUUAGUUACAUCCAAGUUGACAGGUAUUUUCGAUGUUACUUUAACCGCAGAUUUUUACAAGUUCCACAGACACCCACACCACCAUGAUGGAAGAAAUGAACACAAUGAAAAACGUUGUGGUCAUGAUGAUAAAUUGAAUGAGUUCCAUGAUGAACAUCAGGAUCAAGGCUAUGAAAAAGAAUUUAAUGAUGCUUUUGACCAUCAAAAGGGUGACUUCCAAGGAGAUGAAAAAGACCAUCAUGAUGAACCUCACAAAGGAAAGCAUGAUAAAAAUAAGCACCAUAAAGAUAAGCACCAUAAAGAUAAGCACCAUAAAGAUAAACACCACAAGGACAAAGAUGGAAAACACAAAAAACCCAAAGAACCAGAGCAUCCACCACACGAACCAGGUGACAAACCACCUCACCAUCCACCACAUGAACCACCUCACCAUCCACCACAUGAACCACCUCACCAUCCUCCUCAUGAACCACCACACCAUCCUCCUCAUGAACCACCACACCAUCCACCGCAUGACCCAGAUCAUCAUCAUGGAAAAUACCACGAAGAACGUAGAAUUUUCACUGAAGCCAAACCUGCAGAUGUGAUUUAUCCUUUGACUUUCAACAAGAACCCUAAUCAACCUCCAGUUGUUUACCUUGCAUCCAAUAAACUCUCAGUCAAUUUACCAAAAGUUACCAAAAACACUACACGCUUGACGCUUUCGAUUUUCACUUCUGGUAAUGCCGCUGAUGAAUUUUGGUACACCAAUGUCGUUGACAAAUACAAGGAUAUUUUUGCUGAUAGUGGUAAUCCAUUUAUUGGUAAAGGACCAGUUAGAGUAGUCAAUGUUUAUUUCAAUGGUGAGAAAAUUGCUGCUCAAACCCCUGAACCUGUCAUUUUCACUGGUGGCAUUUCACCGGCUUUAUGGUCACCUGUUGUUUCAUUCAAUGCAUUCGAUGUACCUUCCAUUGAUGUUGAUGUCAGUGGUUUAUUGCCAUAUCUUUGGGAACAUCAAGCUAUCGAAGACAAAAUAUUGGAGAUUGAAGUCAGUAAUGGGUUGGGUGAAAUCGAUAAGGACACCACUACUUCAGUAAAUGAAAAUUGGGUUACAUCUGCUAACUUAUUAACGUACCAAAAUGACCAAGUUAUUGAUGCUACUGGUGAAGUCAUUAAUAUUGACCAUGAAAGUUCCGGAAUUGUUCUUACAGUUGCACCACCUUACACCCGUUCAUUACAACAAGUCAUUGAUGCUUCCUUCAGUGCUCAAUUGAUCAGUCAAGUCAGCUUGACUUUGAAAAAUAACAGAACUUUGAAUACAACUAUUAGUAGUUAUUCCAAAGCUGAAGUAUCAAAUGUUCAAAGCUAUUCCCGUUCUGGAGAUAUCCAAUCUAUUGUCCAUGCUGGUCGUUCUUCACGUUCGGUUAUUAUUCAAGACAACGAUUCUCCAGUGUCUAAAGAGGUUGCUAAGCACGAAUCUAAACACCACAAACCAGAAAUCCCAGAUAAUACUAUUUCUAUUGUUAACAUCACAUUGAAUUACCCAUUGGUACUCCAUUUGCAACAAAUUUCAAAAGACAUUGGUUCUGGCGAUAAUUUUUUCGUUGAUUAUGAUGUCAAGUUGGCCCAUUCUUCAUCAACUGACAUUUCAUUUGGUGCUAUCCAUGGUAGCGUUCAUACAACUGCUUCUCAAAAUGGCACUUCAAGAUUUUUCUUGUCUUCAAAAGGUAAUCAUGGGUUUGGAUCAACUUUUAGCAAGUACAAAUCAAAGUUCAAGUUUGGUCCACAUGAAAGAAAGUAUAAAAGAAUUGUCAAUGCAGUCAAUGGAACCAUUGUUUUAGACAAGUCCAAAUCAGGCGAAGAGGAUGAACAUGGUAAAGCUCAUUUGUCUUCGGUAAUGAAAGCAAUGGAAAAUAUGUCAGUUUACAAGAAUGCUUCACAAAUGUUACAGAGCAUUAUGAAUGCUUCAAGAGCUUCUUUUAAAGGAUUUUUUGGUGCCAAGCCUGGAUGUCACGGCAUGAAACACCAUGAAAAUGUAGAUGACCAUAAAAAAAUGAAGCAUAAGAUGAGAAAACAUGUAUCUGACGCUCAUUAA